GAGCGCGAGCCCUGGCAUCAGCGGCAGCAGCAGCAGCAGUCGAGACGAUCGCAUGUCCUCCUCUCCUUCGCGCACUGGGCAGCCGAAGCUUUGUCCGCGCAUCACCAUCAUCAUCAUCAUCAUCGCUGCGUGCGAGCGAGCGAGCGAGCUCUGUAGGAGCGAGCGCAAUCGCCUCUCGCGGCUCUCAUCCUGCUCGAGACCCAGUCGCAGUCCCGCAGGCCGCCCGCGUGCGAGCGCAAGUUUUUGCCGCUCGUCCACGACCCUCAUCGUUCUGUCGGUCGGUCUUUCUCGGAGAGAACGAGAGAGACGAAGAAGGUCGCACGAGGAUAAAAGAACGGGGUGUCGGUGAGCAAGUACUAGAUCUGAAUAGCAGAUCUCAGAGACCGAAGUCGGGCGACAUCGUUGUUGCGGUGCCGAGAGAGCAAGGGUUCGAGUGGUCGUGGUGCCCUGGGGUUUGGAUUCCAAGAGCGAGUGUGUCUUUUUUUGGGUCGGUUUUAGGGUGCGCCAUUCUCACCUCCGUGGAGGCAGGCAAGCAGCCCCGUCGAGAGAUUUGUCGAGCGAGCGAUUGAAUGGUAGUUAUCGUAUCCAGGUUGGAGAUGAGUUUGAUCACUUGUUUCUAAUCUGGUGUCGUGUGGUGUAGUCUCCUGCCUGCCAGCCAUCGGUGCUCUGUGGCUUCUCUCGCCUCGAUAUUCUCUUUCAGAGCCAGCCUCGUUUUCAGAUCGAGGCUGUCGGAUCAGUGGUCGGUCGUUUUACCUCUCUGCUCCUGCCAAGGUGUUGCCCUGCCUUUAUACCCCUGCUUUCCUCUUUUCCAUCUUCGCAUCAGACCUGUAUGAGUGAUAGUGCGACCUCCUGUUAGCAUCUCACUUGCUUUCUUCAUCCUAGGAAGAACAGGAAGGAGCUUGUUGUGUUGUUUCCAGGUGGAGUCCAUCUUACCUUCACAUGUCCCGUUUUCUUUCCCCGUCGGACUGUCCGAGCCGUCCCCGCUUGUCCUAGAUCUCAAUUCUUUACGGGCUUCCAUCGUUUGCCCUGCCGCCCUAAGGGUCGAUUCCUCCGCCCGUCGAGUCUUGCGACCUCUUUCUUUGACCCGGUCUUUCACUGCAGUUUCCAUCGUCUUUUGGGUAGAUAGUGAGGAGGUAAUGUGUACGAGUAUUCCUGUCUACCAUUCACAACGUAAAGAAAGGAAGAAAAUCUCUGAAAAGCAUUCCCAAACUUGGUGUCUGACAAGCAAAUGAUUGCACGAGUUGAUGUUACCUCAAGUGAACGUUUCACGUUGAACGGCAAGCUCCAGGCAAAUGAUGCAAACAAACGAACACCUCCAUGUGUAAAAUCAAUCUAGUGUGUGGCUAGUUCUAUAUCCAGUGUUGUCCACCCAUUGAUCAGUAACCGGCAGAAAUCCGGGAUUCUAAGAGAGAUCAUAGAUCAGUCGACGUCGAUCCGGAUUGUUGCACUGGAACGAAGUCAAGAGUAACACCUUGCAGGGCAAGUCCUGUUUCUCUGUACCUUAACUGUGAUGCUAAUCUGCAUACUCUUCGUGCAACCGAUCUGGUACUGGAACACAAUAUCAUCCAAAAAUCUGGGAUAACUGCAAUCUGGUCACUAACGACCUCGACCUGUCACCACAUACAUAAGCGCGACAAUUAGGCCUUUUUUUACUUCAGCGCAGAGCUUCUCUAUCCACAGCUACGGAAUGUAAAGGGAAGGCGCCAAAGAGUCCUUUUGUACACGAAUCAGGCAUAGAUCCUUUUGCAGGAAGGAAAUCUUAAGAGGCCUCACAUAUAAUGUUCAAGAGUUCGCCAGCCGUGUCGGGAACCUAAAACGUUCUACGUGACGAGGAGGUGGCCAACUGGGGUUGGGCUUGUCAAGCUGUAGGUUGUGUUGUUGUAAGCGAAGUGAGGAGGAUUCGAAGCCAUGCAGGGAAGAGCCAAGCGAAGUGAGAGCUUUUCAUGACCCAGGAUCUGGUCAUGGAUUCGCUUCCGAGGAUUGCAGAAACUUGCCUAUCUGCAUAUGUGAUGAACUUUCAUCCUGCGCUCUUCUCAAGCUAGGUGGAUUUCAUCAGAGGGCUCCGGAAGAACUCCUCUUCUUGACGACAAGAUGACUACACUCUCACCUCCACCGGGUUUUGGCGGACUACUCCAGCAGAUUGCUUCUGAUGUUCCGAAGCGUUCAAAAGACAGGAGGGUGACAUGGGCCAUUGGCGACAAACUUUGCCAGGUGCGAUUGUUUGUGGCCGAAGAUGCUCCCGUUAUGUCGGGGGCAAUUCAAGAACAGCUGCAAGCCAAGCAAGCAAGAUUCAUGCACAUUUUUCAGACUUCCGUGACGAGUGUUUCCCCGGAAGAUGCCCCUCCUGGCUUUGGCGGAGUGGCUGUAAAGCCCAAGGCAGAUCCAGCUGCCCUAGCUUUGAUUGUAGCUCAGAUUCCAUGGCGUCGUCCUGACAUGUACGCGCCCGAUCCAGCUUGGCAGGUUAAAGCUGGCGACAACAGCUUGGAAAAAGAUAUCCAAAAGGAACGUGAGUUCCGAGUGUUGGAAGCUGUUUACCCUCGUCCUUCUUCAAUCCCCGAAAGUCCUGCAGAACCGUCUGAAAUUCAAGAAGCUUACGAUGACGAGAAGACUCCUCAAAUACCGCUUGUACCUUUGGAAGACGAGGACAUGCCUGAUGUGGCUGACGGUUCCACCCCAGGCCCUCGGUUUUUCAAUCAAAGCGCAACAAGACAACAAGUUGCGGGAAGCCUGAUGCCGUUGUCGAAGUCCGGUAAUCAGUUGCUGUCGACGAACAUCUUAAUGGAGGGAUUGAAACCUUAUACCCGUGACGUUCUUUCGGGGUUCAUCCAAGAGAAUGCGCUAGGAAGGAAAGAGUCGAGUUGGAGAGAUGGUGGCGUUCCAGUCUUCAGGGGCAGAAACCCACCUGUCGUUGAUCAUGUUCCCGAUGUCUUCAGCAGCAGGCCUUCAUCCACUAGUGUCCUUCCUGACAAUCCGGCCUCGUCGAAUCAAACUGGUGCCGAACCUGACGUAGCAGCCGCUGCUGCUGCAGCAUAUGCUGCUCUAGCAAAGUCCAAAGAAGUUGGCAGCAUGAUCGAUAACAAUCUAUUGAUACAACUUCUCAAAGACCCUUCUCUGAUGCAAGCCUUGACGAACAAACAGACCUUCUCUCUUCCAAAUUCCCAAUCAGAGUUUUCUUCCAAUCUCACAGUAGGAGGCCCUUCAAGAGCUCCUGAAAACGUUAAUCAAACACAAAAUGGGAGUAGCGUGGCACUUGGUAGUCAUUGGCCCACAGUGUCACCCGUCUUCCCGUCUUCGGUUGCAGGUGGGCAGGAUGGUUCCCAAACUAGAAUCGGCGACGGGUUUGUUCAGGCAAGUGACAGGUUCCAAAGAAAGAGUGGAACUGACGACAGAUCCCAACCUUUCAUGGCGGUCCCUGUAAAUGGUGGACCCUUGUUCUCAGAAAUGAUGAACGGAGGAAGGGCCGGAACACCUGCUGCCAGUAGACCUGGAAACACUGGAGCUGGUCCGCCUGGGUUUGGCAGUGGAAGUGCUCCUCCAGGUUUCGGCAGCAAUCCACCUCCUGCAGUGCAUGGCUCACAGUUGGCUACUUCUCACACUACAGCACCUGCUUCAGCAAGACCACUGUCACGCCAUGACGAGCAAUACUUCAAAGAUCUGAUCAUGCAGCAUGGGUGCAAAAGCGCCGAUGACGAUGAUCAUGGACGAGCUGGUUUUGAAGGUCAAGGUAACAUUAGUGUCUCAAGGUCUCGCGGUGGGGCUGAAUCCCCGGCCCUAAGGUGGUUUGGUGGUCUGACGGAGGAAGAGGAGAGCGGGAGAUUUGACAGAAGUCGGAGAGAAAGCGACAGACUCAGCACCAGUGUGGAAUCCCAGCAAUCAAGGUCAAAGUCACGAAAGACGUGUAUAUAUUAUGGUACAUCUCGCGGAUGUAGAAACGGCUCAAGUUGUACUUUUGUACAUGAACUGGGCUCGGAGAGGUUGAGGGCUGAAAGGGUACGCAGCGAGCCCUCUCAGAUGCAGUUUGUGAAGAGAUUGAAAGUGGAUGGGUAAAUGACUGAAACUCAACGUGAUUUCAGCACCGCUGGUCACACAUAGGCCAGUGCAAGAGGAGUCUGCUCCAUCUUCUGCCGUAUUGGGGAACUUCAUUGGUGGUCAGUUAGUUCCUGGGCUGCAUCAAAAGAAGUCUUUCCAUCAAAUGGACUUUGAUAUCAAACACGAUCAUCACACGAUCUGAGGACGGAGAUCCGGGCUGGAAUAUGCAAAACUUGUCUCGUCCACGAAGAUGUGGGGGAGAGAAGAACCACGCCCGGUAGGUGAAACUUCAGACUAGUCGCCCUGACCAGUCUGAAGUCGCGCUUCCAGUGUCAUUCUUGCCAGAAGGUGGGAAUGAUCCAGAAGAAGAGUUCACAAUUUUCAUGAGAAGGUAUUGGACUGGGGGUAAGCUGUGAAGUGAAUCUCCAACCUGCCCCAGAAAUCUUCACGGGAAAUGAAUCGUAGAUGACUCUAUCAAUCGAUCCAGAAUCAGAGGUGCUCAAAGCUAAAGUGGACGCUCAGUACAGUUACACGCCCAUUCUUUUCACAUCAGAUGGGUGGGAACCUGCGGAGAAGAGAAAGUCACCGGAGCUAAUCACAGAUAAGUGGCUAUCAAAUUGGAAGAUAGAGCUCACUCAAGCGCUCACCUAAUCUUAAGGAAUUUCGUAUUGCCACGGAAAUCACCUAACCUCCUAAACGCAAGCAGCUACCUCUAAUAAACCAAACCAAAGGUUUGUUACAAUCAGAUUGAUACCAAAAGACACGACAUCGGGAAGGUAGAAGGUAUGCCAUCCUGAGGUCUUGGGGAAGCUCUGUGUGACACAGGAUGUCUAGCUUUCUGUUUUGUGCCCGAAAGCAGGUCGGUCCCGUGUCACAUUUUAUUUGUGCAGGGCUGGUUAUGUUGAUGGCGGAGCGUGUAUCCGAAGGGGGAGGUCUGGGUAGGCAGGUUCCUCGGGCUGUCGGCCAAUGUACAGAUUCCACCAAUCAGCCGACAGACAAAAAGCCCCCGUCCUUCCGGGCAAGCAAGGCAUAUUCACAUUGUCCCUUGGCGGGUUUGUGUCUUUUCUUGCCACCGAGCACGUAGUGUGUAGGAGUGUUUGAACCGUGUCUGACUUCCGACGCGACGAGACUUGCAUACCUUCAGAUAGACUCUAUCAUGUGGAUACUCCUGAAAGGAUUCGUCGGAACAAUUGUAUAUUAAAUCCUCUUUCAUUCCCGAAAAAGCUUGCUUCUGCA